AAGGCUCGAAUCAGAUCUCUGUCCAUUAUAUUUCUGGCAGGCGUGCGUUUUCUCGAGCUGGUCUGCGUCGGGUAUUAGCCACAGAUAGAGAAGGCGCGCGCGCGAAAGAGAGAGAAUGGCGAUGGCGUCCUGGAAUCUGAGCCUGAGUCCACGUCCAAAGCUGGUUCAAGUCUCCUGCAGAAAGAGGGAGAAGAAUCGAGAUAACUAUGACCCUUACAAAGUCAUCGAAAUUACUCCUCCGCCCAAGAACCUCGGCGUUCGUUGCUUCCCAUCCAACCUACAUUGUGGGGACAGUGUGACAAUAGAAGGCCAAACAUACACAAUCUCAGCCGUAACUCAUCGGUACCAGCUCCGGAAGGGGAAGUAUGAACCGAGCGAGAAGAGGCUCGAUGUUUUGUCAACAGCGAGAUACAUCUUAAAUUUGUACCUAGAUAAUUUGCUAGAACAAUCUUGACAUCUUUCGUUUAAGUUCCAUCCACACAAUCUCAAAAUAAUUGAACUGGAUUGUUCUUUAGUUUCCUCAUCACAUUCCUUGCCCUCCAUUUACAGAGAGGGAAAGGAAUGUUUAUAAUGUCAUCAGAAUGCAGAAUGUUUCUUUA